UUGCGUCCGCGAGUUAUCUCAGUGCUAACCUUUGGUCACUGCAGACGCCAGAAGGGAGAUUUGUAAAUAACUGUUUCUGGUUAAUUGAUUUUUAAUAUGCAUGAUGGAUGGCGACUUAGUGGACAGAAUUGUGAAGUUCACUUCACAGGCAAGUGGACGAGAUAAGCUUUUUCGGCUGGUGCAGUAUUGCAGCAAGUUUGCUUGGUGGUACUUAACAAGAGCCAAUGUUGCUGAUGACCUUGUGGACAAACUGAAGAAACUCAGUUCUUCACUCAGCACAGCAAGAAAAUUUUUGCGUCUGGGAAAGAGUCUGGAUUUUGUUCAUUCAGCCCUACGCAGCCUUCACAUCUCAGAUGACGUUCUUCGAUGGACUAUUACAAUUUCAAAGCUCAACCAAGCUAUGUACCUGAUGUUUGACCACAUUGUUUUGGCUGGCCGCAUUGGUAUAGCAAAGGUUGAUGGAGAAAAAUGGAAUCGGUUAUCUGCUCAGUUUUGGAUUGUCACCCUCAUCUUGGGCAUCACCAGAGAUAUAUACGAAAUCUACAGCAUGCUUGCUCGAGAUUUCCGUGCCCGCAAUGCCAAACUUGCCCCUCAACAUCGUAAUGGAGAAAAAGGCAACAGCAGAGUUCAUGGUUUACCCAGACAAAAGAAGGACCUUGCAACGUGCCAGGUGUUGUGGCACUGCUGCCUUGAAAACAAGGCACUCAUUUUAGACCUUAUUAAGAAUCUGGCAGACUUGGUGCUACCAUUAGAAGCUCUUGAGUAUGUGAAUGCUUCUCCUGGAGUACAGGGACUGUUGGGUACAGUCUCAUCAGCUGUUGGUGUGAUAACUGCUUGGGAUCCCUUAUUAAGACUUGUACCCUCAUAGUCAUUCAAGAUUCAAACAUUGAAUGAUUCCUUUUGAUAUUUUUACUAUGCUUAAACAGUGAAGAGACUCAAACUCUUUAUUGUUUGGCCAUUGGAUUUGUGAGCUUCACACACACACGAAAGUAACCAUUGCAUUCCCUUGUGAAAAGUAUUAUGGUAUUAGUAAUAUAACAGCCUUUAUAUAUCAAAUUACAUACAGUAAACAAGUUUAUAAAGUAAAAAGUGUACUUGAAUGCACAAACAUUAUAUUGCAUCAACUCUUAUACACACAUAUAUAAUUGUAUCACAUCAACUGCUGUUUCUGUUGUCAUUUUAGUCAGUAGUAUAUGAAUCUGGCAACAUUUUGAAAAUGAUGAUUUUCAGAAAAUUUUUAAAUACAUUGUUGCGUUUCUAUAUUUUCCUGGUAAAACUUUUAGUCUCAGAUCAUUCAUUGAUGUACACAGAAAUAAAACAUGUCAUAAACAGUGAAGAAAAUAAAUUAGAGAGGGGUGGUAGAGAGAAUUGUGUAUAGGUGAAUGUAAGCAUAAUAUUCAUGCUCGUGGAUAAAGCACUAAGUGCUUUGCUGUUUUGUGUUGAUUUCCUCUAUGAUUUCUCAGAUUCAAAUAUCAGUAUUUGAUUAAUAUCGUAAAUACAAUUUUGUUAUCUAUUACAA